CUUAUAAAAGUCAGGGCUUGAUAGAUUCCUUAUGUCAAAAAUGACAAAGAUGUAUUCCCUCUACUGGUUGGUUUUGCUGCUCUGUGGUGGCAGCUUAGCAGCUAAACCAGAUAAUAUGGAUUGUAAAGACAAUCCUCUCGAUAUACUUUUCUUGGUGGAUUCAUCCGGAAGUGUCGGUGCUGCCAAUUUCAAGACAGUUCUUAAAUUUGUGACCAGUUUUGUAGAUAGCUUUGAUAUUGGUCCUAAAAAAGUUCAAGUUGCUGUAACAACGUUUGAUCACAGGGUGCUACCAAAAAUCAAACUUAACCAAAUAUACAACAAACAAGCUCUUAAAACCGCUAUUAAUGGUAUCCCACAUAGUGGCGGUAUGACUUCAACUGAUAGAGCCUUGGCGUUUGCCAGAGUUCAAGCUUUCACUCCACAAAACGGUGGACGUACAAAUGUCACGCAGGUUGUUGUUGUUGUUACAGACGGAAGAUCAGGUAACAAGGCAUGGACAAAACGUGAGGCGGACCUGAUACAUCAAACAAACAUACAAGUAUUUUCAAUUGGAAUUGGCAGUGGUGUUGACCAGACCGAACUGAAAGCUAUAGCUUCUGCACCAGAUAUGGUUUCAACCGUCGGAAACUUCAACGAGCUAAAGAAAAUCCAAGACAAGUUGCAUACACAAACUUGCACAGCUAAACGUCAAUAUGAUAACUGGGGUGCUUGGUCUCCCUGUACAGUUUCUUGCGGAACAGGUGUUUCAAAACGUACCCGAAAAUGUCUUCUCGCGAAGUGUUACGCCAAUACAGGAGAAAACAAAACGUGUAACACACAGCCCUGUCCAACCAUGCCCCCAACAACAACGCCGCCAGUUAUCCAAGACUGUAAAGACAAUCCUCUUGAUAUACUUUUCUUGGUGGAUUCAUCCGGAAGUGUCGGUGCAGCCAAUUUCAAGACAACUCUUCGAUUUGUGAGCAGUUUCGUAGAUAGCUUUGAAAUUGGUCCUAAACGAGUUCAAGUUGGAGUUACGACGUUUGAUAACGUUGUGAUGCCAAAAAUUAAACUUAACCAAAUAUAUAACAAACAAGCUCUUAAAAAUGCAAUUAAUAAUAUCCGUUAUCAUGGCGGAGGAACUUCAACUGACAAAGUUUUGGCGUUUGCCAGAACUUCAGGUUUCUCUCCACAAAACGGUGGGCGUAAAAAUGUCACGCAGGUUGUUGUUGUGCUAACAGACGGACAAUCAAGUAAUAGAGCAUUUACAAAACGUGAGGCGAACCUUAUCCACGGAACAAACAUACAAGUAUUUGCCAUUGGGAUUGGUAAAGGCAUUAAUCGUAACGAACUGAAUUCUAUCGCCUCUACCCCUGAUAUGGUUUCAACUGUAGGAAACUUCAACGAAUUAAAGAAAAUCCAAGACAAGCUUCAUACACAAACAUGUACAGCUAAACGCCAGUUUGGGGAUUGGACCCCUUGGAGUCCAUGUUCAGCUUCGUGCAACACUGGGUUUACCAACCGCACCCGAACAUGUCUUCUCAAAAAAUGUUAUGGAAAUACUACCGAAACAAAAGCCUGCAAUCAACAAGCCUGCCCAACCGCACCACCAACAACUCCAGCACCAAAAUGCAACUACUCUGUAGCAGAUGUUGUGUUUGCACUCGAUGGAUCAAGUAGUGUCGGGGCUGUUAACUUCCAACGAAUGCUAAGAUUUGUCGAUGCCAUCACGAAAAGUUUCGAAGUCGGUAAAGACUCCGUUCAUGUGGGUCUUGUAACAUUUGCAGAUCACGCAAAGCUGCGCUUUCAUAUGAACAAAUAUUACAAUAUGUCAAAAAUAUUGGAGGAAAUCAGAAAAAUACCAUACAAAGGCGGUUCAACAAAUACUGGUGAAGCGAUUCAUUACAUACGUACAACUAGUUUUCUCCCUCAAAACGGUGCCCGUUCCAACGUACCUAAAAUCGCAAUUGUCAUUACUGAUGGACGUUCAAACGUUCCUGUUACGACAGCUCAAGAAGCUGCUGCUCUCAAGAAAGACGGCGUUAUCGUAUUCUCUAUUGGAAUCGGUAACAAAGUUUAUCCGACAGAACUGGAGCAGAUUGCAUCAGCAACAGCUAAAGAGCACGUAUUUUUGGUCAAUAACUUUGAGGCUUUGAACAACAUAAAGAAGGCUGUGGCAUUCCGAGCUUGUGAAGCACAGAAAAAUACUACAGAGUCACCUGUAGUUAUCGAGAAAUGUCCAGCGCAAGCUGAUAUUGUAUUUGUCCUGGAUUCCUCUGCCAGCAUCGGUAAAAGUAAUUUCCAGAAAGUUCUAAAUUUUGUGACAACCAUCAGUAAUACCUUUGCCAUCGGCCCUGAUCAAGUACAAAUAGGUAUUGAUUCGUUCGACAGUGCCAGUAGGACUGAAUUUGCAUUGGAUAGUUAUAAUGAUUCUUCUUCUCUACUUGCUGCCAUCAAUAAAAUCCGGUAUCACGGCGGUAGCACUCAUGCCGGUGAGGGAUUGGAAAGGCUGUUCUCACAAAGUAUGACAUUUAGUAAUGGACUUCGACCAAACGUUACACGCAUUGCUAUAUUGAUUACAGACGGUCAGUCGAAUGGACCGAUCAACGUUCAGAGUGAAGCACAGAAGAUAAAGAACAACGGCAUUUUAUUAUUUACCAUUGGCAUUGGAGAUAUAAAUACAAACCUACUGAAGCAUAUUUCCAGCUCACCAAAAAGUGAUUUCGAAUUUAGAGUUGAAGACUUUGCUGUCCUACACUCUAUUGCCUCAAGAUUAUCGAAGUCUUCUUGUAACGUUGCUCCUCAUGAGAACGGAACUGCGUCAGAAUGUUACGCUACGGCUGAUAUUGUCUUUGUUAUGGAUUCCUCUGCAAGUGUCGGUUACAAAAACUUCCAUAAGAUGCUUGAUUUUGUUGAGAAACUCGUAGACAAAUUCGAAAUUGGUCCAAAACAUAUACAAAUCGGUGCUAUGAGUUACAACAGCCGUCCCCAUCUGGAAUUUCACCUGAACAAAUUUAAUAACAAAGGUGCCAUUAAGAAAGCCAUCUCAAAAAUACGCUACAAAGUUGGUAAUACCUACACAGAUCAGGCUAUUAACUUUAUGCAUUAUCACAUGUUCACCCAUGCCAACGGUGCUCGUACUAACGUACCAAAAAUUGGUGUUAUAAUAACCGACGGGGAAUCGACAUUGCCUGACGAUACCAAAUUAGAAGCUGCAGCUGCAAGAAAUAGCAAUAUCACAUUGAUUUCCAUUGGGAUCGGCUCUUCAAUUAGUCGCAAAGAAUUAAACGAAAUUGCAACAGAUCCGGAUAGUUCUCAUGUAUUCAACGCGAGAGAUUUUAACAAUUUGAUUCAUAUAGUGGACAUGGUCGCUAACAAAACAUGUGUUGCAAUACCAAAAGAUGUGAAGCCGAAAGAUUGUCAUGACGUCAUUCCGAACUGUAAAUACUUCGGAAUAGAAGCAUGCAACGCCUAUCCUGGUUGGUCUUCAGAUUAUUGUUCCAAAUACUGCGAUAUGUGUGAAUGCGUCUCCUGCGCUUUUGAAGUUCAGGAGCACAUUUCGACGCUUCAUACACAAUAUCAUAUAAGAGUGGGAGUUGAACGAAACAAGACAAUCGCGAAGGAAGUUGGACAUUGUGUAUACAAAGGAAAGCUUUAUGCUCAGAGCGAAACUUGGAUGGAUGGCUGCGAUUUAGAAUGUUCAUGCUUGGAUAGUCACACUGGUGUUUUUUCAUGUUGGAAUAAAUGUCCUAUUUACCACAACCUUCCACCAAUGUGCACUUUAGUCGACGUUGAAGGAGAGUGUUGCAAAAAACCAAUUUGCAACUUCAACGGUAAACAUACAAGAACUACUGGUCAUAACAAGGGUAAAAGCCUUGGUGUUGAUGUUUGUAUGUUUGAUGGCCAUCCAUAUUACCAGGGACAAACCUGGCAGUCUGGCUGUGAAUACAAUUGUAAAUGCGUUGAUUCCUCGUCUGGAUAUUGGACAUGUGAUUCAAGAUGUCCAACUUAUAUUGGAUUACCAGCAGAAUGUUCCCUCAUGAAAAGAGCAGGAAAAUGUUGUGGAGAAGUAAACUGCGCCUUCAAGACUCACUUUGGAAGGUUUAAGGGAGCGGGCAAGAGAGUUCCCAUCGAGUAUCCACCUACAACAGGUCCUUGCGUUGAUAAAGUUGACUGUACUACUCUCGGUUCUGGAAUCUGCACACAACCCGGGUUAAAAGCCUGGGCUGCAUUAAACUGCCCUAGAACAUGUGGCACUUGUUCGACUUCUAUGACGCCAUUGAAAGGUUCCUGUUUAGUGAACGGUAAGAUAAUUCCAGAAGGUCACACUUGGCAGGAUGGAUGCUCCACUUGUCUUUGUGAAAAUGUCGCGCUAGGAAUUGCAAGAUGCUACGAACAAUGUUCUAAAGUCACUGUCCUACCACCAAACUGCCGCAGAAUAAAGGACUCAAAUGGAUGCUGUGAAAAAAUAGCUUGCACUCAAGGAGUUCUAGCAGGAUCAAACAGAGGCAAUUCUACGGGUGGUAAUAAACUAAUCCACAAUUCAACACAUGGAUUGAUAUCCAAAGACAUUUCGGGAUGCCUCUACAAAGGAGAAUAUCAUCCAGAGAAAAGCGUCUGGAACGAUGGAUGCCAACUACAAUGUACCUGUCAAAAUGCUACAUCUGGGACGUAUGAAUGUCAUCAAAGGUGCCCCAUUUUUGAAGACCUCCCCAAUGAUUGUCGACUUGUUGAUUUCCCAGGCGAACCAUGCUGUGUUAUUCCAGAGUGCAAUUCCACUCAUACUAUUAUACCAAAAUAUGGUAAACCCAAAAAAGGAGUCGGAAAAGUUACAAGUGAUCCUAAAGGUGGCUGUGUUUAUACUAACGGCAAGAAAUACAAAAAAGGUGAAACCUGGUUAGAUGGUUGUGAUUAUUCUUGUGUUUGCACUAAUGAAGAGAGUGGUGCCUAUAUUUGCGAAAGGAGAUGUUCAUAUUUGGGAAGACCUCCACAAGGGUGCCGAAUUGUUCGUGACGAAGACGAUGAUUGCUGCAACACGCUUCAAUGCUUACCUUCAACUGCUAGCCCCGACCUUUCAACACCAGUGCAUGUCGCAGGGAAGUGCUUCUACAAAGGAACUGCAUAUGCUGAAGGAACCACGUGGCAUGAUGGCUGCAGCAAAUCAUGUGUUUGUGAAAAUGGAAAGUACGGCUAUUACCGAUGCCAAGAUAGAUGCGAAAGCUUUUCACACGUGCCAUCAAGCUGUACUAUGGAACCAGAUCCACUAGAUUCUCAGUGCUGCAAAUUUCCACGAUGCGGAGAUAAUACAACCAUACCAAAAGGAUUCCGAGGUUCAAAGAAUGGAUUUGGAAGAAGUAAUGUGCCCACAACUAUUUAUAAAGGUGUCUGCAUGUACAAUUCAAAGGUUUAUAAACAAGGAGAGACAUGGGAAGACGGCUGUGAUUAUACAUGUGAAUGUAUUGAUGCCAGUAAAAACCAAUUUCGAUGUAGUCCAAGGUGCGUGCGCUAUUAUGACAUCCCAUCAAACUGCAGAGAAGUGAACAGCACACAUGAUCAAUGCUGCAGCUCUCUUGAAUGUACACCACUUCAACCUCUAUGUAAUGACAAAAUUCCAACUUGUGUUAAGUAUGGGAAAAUCAUUUGCUCGGACUCUUCGUUUCAAGAUUGGAUAUUGGAAAAUUGUGCCAACUACUGCAACGUCUGCGGAGUUACAAGACCGAUCAUGCGAACUGAAACAACAACAGGUUAUUCAGUUGGUGUUUGUCGAGAUAAGACGGAUUGCUCUAAGUUCUCGUUUAACCCUUGUGACAAGAAUCUACGUAGCUGGACAGUGGACAAUUGUCCGCAACAUUGUAACCUUUGUGUACCUUUUACGGGAAGCACACCUGACCCAUAUCCAAACUGUCACGAUAAAGAUCCAAAUUGCGCCGGUUAUAAGAUAGAUGUAUGUCAUGGAUCGCUUUACAAAUGGGGGCUAUCACACUGCCAACGGUUCUGUCAUUAUUGCGACCGUAAGGCCCCUGCCGUGAUGUAUGAAGCAACUGCUGCACAUGGUUCUGAAUAAACCAAUGCAUCAUUAUACAAUUACCUGGCACUGAGAACAUUUUUUUCCUCUCUAUUGACACCUAUUAUAGCAUUUUCUUUUAUAUGUAUGUAUGUUUAAGAAGUGAAAAUAAAACAUUUAAUAUUCUAACAAUCAA